AUGAGACGGACCACGCGCAGUCUGAUAGUCAACGCCCUCUUGUUCUGGACAGUCCUGUUCCUCAUCAUCUACGCCAACCAUGAUUGGGGAUCGACUACCAAGACCUUCGCGUGGGCUAGAAUCCACUACAAGACCUCCACCACCGCCCUCCCUGAACCUCGCGGCAGCUGUCCCGGCUUGGAAGACAACUCAAAGCCCACACUAGUAGUGGCAAGAGUUGGCGCCGAAGACCGUUCAUGGCUUGACGCCCUGGCAGCCUCUUACCACCUGUGCGUGUACAGGACUGACCUCCAGGACGUGACCUCAUGGCAUCUCCAAGUGCCCGCGAACCGGGGCCAUGAAGCCAUGGCCUACCUCACCUUCCUGAUCGACAACUACGACCGCCUCCCUGCGGCUGGCGCCGUCUUUGUUCACGGCUCUCGCUGGGCAUGGCACAAUGACGCUCCUGAUUACGACAAUGCAGCUCUCCUGGCCGCCUUGAACGUGUCGGCCGCCCUCGCCCCGUUCGGAUACCACAACCUACGUUGCGACUGGAGCGCCAGCACAUGUUCACCUGCCGAGGCCCCUGCGCAGGGCAGCCUGGAAACGCUGGCGCGCUCUGUGCUCGAGCCGUGGAACUUACGCUUGGUCUCGGACAGGGCACUCCCGCGUGCGAUCGUGGAUCUAUUCGGCAGCGAUGGGGCAGAUGGGGGGAAGGGCUCUGCGGGAUUGUUGCUGGGUCGUACAGACGCCAUCCGGUCGCAGUGCUGCGCGCAAUUUGUCGUUUCCCGAGAGCGUAUGCGGCAACAUUCCCGCGAUGAAUAUGUUGCUCUCCGCCAGUGGCUGCUGGACCAAGGCGAGAGGGCGGCACCACCUGACGACCGCAUCGCUGGCCGCAUCUUGUCAUACAUAUGGCACAUCCUAUUUAUGCCGCGGGGCGAAUCUUCUCACAUCGAUCUAAACCGGCUCAAUUCCUUGGCAUGCCCGCCCGCCGACGAAUGCUACUGCCGCUUGUACGGCCGCUGUAAUCUCAACGGCUGCUCAAGCCCUGGUCAUUGUCGUGGGCAAUACGUCUUGCCGCCGGACUUUCGACUUCCGGAUGAUUGGGCGGUGAGACAUUCGUAA